AUGCACAUCUUCAUCAUCACUAUCAAGGAACUGUUCACGCUCCUGCAGACGGUUCCAUCCGUACUAGGAACUAAUCUCUGGGCCCUGGGAGUUCUCUUGCUCCUGGGAGCCUCUAAAACUCCUGCACCUCACAUUGCUGCUAACCGUGGCUAUGACUCG